CCGGAAGCAGAAGCGGAUGAUUAAAACGCACCUGAUAUUUUGCUUGCUGCUGUCAGGGUCAGUGAAUAUUAUUUUUGAAGUCACAGUUUAUUGCUAAAGAAUCAGUUAGCUCACUCGGACCAGUUAAAAGUUCCAAAAUAACAUCCACUCCAGGGAUACAAAUUCAGGAUACGCAGAAGACUGCUGUUUUAUUAUAGGCGGUUGUCAUAUAUUGUAUUAUCCGAGUUGCACAGUGUAUAAACUGGAACAUUGAGAUCAAAAGUGCCGACGCAGAGUGAGCGAUCUGAUUCUCUAGCUGUAAACUGUGUCACAGGAAUCAAAAUGGCCGCGCCCUAUGUUGGGCGUGUCGGACCUCUCUCUUGCCCCGUAUAGUAAUCAAAGUAUGUGGAACUAGCGCAUUUGUGUUCCACCGACAGUUAUAGUAUGUGAGCCAAAGACCUCCAUACCUACGUUAUAGUAUAAAGGUUAAAAUGCUGAAUGUGUGUGCACAUUAUAGUAGAUAAUAACGUUUGGGUGUAAUGAAUCUGGACUACGGGUUGGUUUGACAAAUAACAAGUCCUCAAGGUACAAAAAAUGUUAUGCGAAAACGUUAUAGUAUAAAAGCUGAUUUUUUAAUAUGUUCAACUGCAUGACAUUAUAAUCUGCAAUUAACAAUAGGCUGACAGUUCUGGCUGCGAGUUCCGUCUACCAGACGCUUUUAAAGUAUCGAAAAAUGUCUGUACUUUAUAGAAAACUUUGUUAUUGUUAAUUUUUCAGAAAAUUUUAUUCUUGAUACCUAAAACCCACUAAAAAAUUUGAACCAUAACGAGGGAGGUAAAUAAAUAUGAAUUUAGCUCAAGAGUGAAGAACCUUUAUUUUAAAUAAAAAGAGAAAAAUGUUACUUGAAAAAUCUUUAUUUAUCAGAAAUAUGAGCAGUCUGACAUAUCCGACGGGUCUAACAGUAAAAGGUCAGACGUGACUGUGAGCGAAGGAGCAACAUUUAUGCAUAUAAGUCCUAGUGAGAGUAUUAGUCUUCCUUGAACAAAAGUCGAAGUUCGGUUACAACUUCUCUAGAGUUCCAUGUGGUGCCAGUGUUCGUUGGAAUUUAGAGAUGGACAAUAGCAAAUCCGUAACUGGUAAGUACAUUUACGGAUUUGUUACACCCAUCUCUAAAUUCACGCGAUAUAACCAAACUUCGAUGUUCGUUCAAGGACGAAUCAGCCGAGUCGGACUCACUGAAGAUGUGUUUAUAAAUACGGGCCCUAGUGAGAGUAAGCUGCUACUGAUAUACCUACUUUGAACCAGUAAAAAUUAAAAAAAGUUAAUCUGAACACACUUUUACUAGUAAUUUUUAGUAGGUAUUGACUGAGCUGUUCUAUUAAAAUCUGGUUUUCAGGGCCGGGACUAGUUCCGGGGCCCGCCAGCGGUAUAAGGGGGGCCCGGCAACCUGAUAUUUGUUGGUGAGUUCGGCACAAGACUAGAGAGGUAUUGUUUUUGUUUGAGGAACUUUUUCUUAUUAGAAAAUUCAAUUAUAAUAUAGGAGGAAAAGUUUUUUUUUUUUUAGAAAAUUAAGAGGGUAGAAAAGUGUUAUUGCUUGAGUUUUUUUUUUUUUUAGAAAUGUAUUCAAGAAGAACAGGAAAAGUUAUUGUUUGGAGACCUUUUUUUUUGUCACGGGGCCCGAUCUGGCGAAUUGUCCUGGGGCCCGGCCUGGAUCUCGGCGGCCCUGGUUGGUUUAACCAGAAGAGUUUCUCCAUUUAUAAUGUAAUGUCGCUAAAUUGAUUGUAAUGACUUAAAAAUAAAUUAAAUGGUGCCAUUUACUUUUCAGAAAAGAUAUUGUUUAAAUUUUGAAACAGUCCUAAAUUUUUAUUGGCAAAGUUAUGUCAUUUAUUGUGGUAGGGUGAAUGCGCCUGUUAACCGGCCACCACCAAUUAUCGGCCAUUUUUUCGUUUUAUUCGUUUAAUAAGACCUCUUAUAUUUAAAAUGUAUUACAUAAAUACCCCCUUUCGGCCAGUCUUUCUUACAUUUCCCGCUUAAUUUCAACUACAUUUGACAGAAAGAACAAGUGACAGUUUCAUUGUAAAGAUGGUGCCAACGUGAUCAACAACAAAAGUGUAAGUUUGUCAAAAAAAAGUGCAGUGCAGAACUUAUUGUAAAAUAGUAAGUAUCUUUUGUUUCAUUAAAUCUAAUUAUUUUUUAGUAUGAACAUUUAGUUCUAAUUUAUUUAAUUAAAAAGUCAUUUAUAUCUAUAAAUGCUGGACAAAUUAGGUAGCCGAUAAACUGGGAGCUUGAAAACACAUGCUACCCGUUUUCGACCGGAGUAGCCGAAAAAGGGCAAAAAUAGAGGAAUUAUAAUGUCUUUUUCUAACGUUAUUAAUUUAGAUAUAACUUUCUUAUUUCAACACAAUGUUUUAAAGAUUAUUCGAAAACCAGAAUCCAGUUUUCGAUCAAUUUUUUUUUAAAAUGUGCGGGAAAUAGAAAAAUAUGUAUGUAUUGGCCGAAAAAAGGUACAAAAGUAUAAAACCAUGUAAUUUAAAUCUCCAGAGCAAAUUCCUUUUGUCGUCCUCUUGUUCUGAAUUUUAUUUUGUUUAAUUUUUUCAGAUGGCUCACGAUAAAAAGAAACGCCAAAUGGUGGUCAGAAAACAAUUUCAGAAGAGAACAUUUUUUACGUAUUCUAAUGAUUCUCUAAACCAAGAUCAAUUUGAAAUAAGAGAAAACAAAUAGUAGACAAUUUGGAGUAUCUCAAACAACCAUUCAAGAUAGGUUAAAAGAAAAAAUUUCAAAUAUGAAAAAAACAGAUAUAAAGAAAACCGACUUAAUUGAAACAGUGACUAAAAUUGCAAGGGACACAAAUAAACUGCAUUUAUUCAAGAAUCAAAGGCCUGGGCAAAAAUAGUUAGGGAAGCAGAAUCCAUUAAUAAAGCUCGCGCUCUAAUAACAGAGCAGUAUAUUAAAAAUUGGUUCAAGGAAUUGCAAGAUUUUUUGGAAAGUAAAAAUUUGACCGCAAUUAUGGAAAAUCCACAAAGGAUAUUUAAAGGGGACGAGACUGCCCCAAGGGCUGGAAAAAUUUAUACACAAUUAAAAAAGGCAACAGUUUUCAUGAACUUUAAUGCACAUGGAAAAAUGUGUCCACCUGUCGUUGUGUUUCCAUAUGUUCGUCCUCCACGAUCACUGAUAGAAAGUAUGCCACCAAAAUUGGCCUCUUAGGGAGAUCUGAUAGUGGAUGGAUGACUGGAGAAGUUUUUUUUCGAAUAUAUUUCCAAUGAAUUCAAUAAGUGGCUCACCGAAGAAAAUAUUCCAAAACCAAUUAUUUUAUUCAUCGAUGGACAUAAGAGUCGUAUGACUCUACCACUAAGUGAACAAUAUCAUUCUUUAUGCGCUCCCUCCUAACUUUCACCCAUUUACUUCAGCCAGCUGAUGUAAGCAUUUUCAGACCUCUCAAACAGCAGUGGAAAACCACAGUUUCAAAAUGGCUAAAUCAACCAGAAUAUGUAAAUGUUACAAUUACUAAAUUAAAUUUUUGCAGGGUUUUAGAUGAGACACUAAAAUCCAUAAAUUUCAUAAGCUAUGUAAGAAAUGGAUUUCGGAAGUGUGGUUUAUAUCCACUGAAUCCAGAUAACGUGGAUUAUACUAAGUGCGUCAAAAAUAUUCUAGAGAAUAAACAACAACAUUCUAAAACUGAAUCUAAAGUAACAUUGGAAAAUUUAGAAAUUGCCGAGCAUUGUAUCAGGCAAACUGAGCCAAAAUUGUACUCUUAUGGCAUAAAUAUCCAAGUAAUUUACAAUGAAUUAGAUGAGUUACAACCUAAACAACAUGAAAUUGAAGUUGGAACAAUUAUUCCCAUGGAAGCAAUUACUAUUGUUCCCGUACAAGACAUUAUUCUCAAUGAGCCUGAAGUUUCUAUGGAAGUGGAAUCAGAGCAGCAUAGUCAGGAUAUCCGCGACUCCGAGCAGUCUGAUGGUACUGUGAAAGAUCUGGUUAGUAAUGUAGCAGAUCAAGCAGGAUCUAAUAGCUUGACAGAUGAAUCUCCAGAGGAAAUUGACGGUGCUUUGAAUACCAAAUCUAGCGAAAUGCAACACAAAAAAAAUGAAACUAGAAGUAUAACAGAAAAUAAACAACCUCCUGAAGAACUGGCUAACAAUGUAGAAAUGACUAAUAAUGCUGUUUUAGGAAACAAAAGCAGUCAAAAUGGAGAAAAUGGAGCGUUGAAGACCAUCUUUCCAUCCAAUGACGUACUGCCAAAAAAGAUCGAUCCAUUUGAAGCUCAUUUAAAAUUUCCACUACCUUCCAAAAAAUCAGAAAAUAAAACACCAAAAGAAAAGCUGCUUAGAGCCAUUUCGUCUGAGGCUUGGAUAAAGUUAAUUCAUCAAAAAGAAGAAGAAAAGAAAGAGAAAAAGCAAGAUUGAGAAAGGAACAGAGAGAAACUAAAAUUAAAAAAGAAACUAAACGGAAAAUUGAAAAAAAGAAGAAUACCAGAAAUAUAAAUCGAUAAGAAUAUUGAAGGAUUGUUUAAGGAAAAAUGCGGCAGCCUAUGUGAGGAGGAACUUAUUAGUGACACAGAAGAGGAUGACAAGAAAAAUAUAGGAUGCGACUUUUGUCCUAAAUGGUAUCACUUAAAAUGCACGAACUGUGUGAUUUACCUUAUGAAAUAGCGUCUCUAAGGAUUAUAAAUGCGAUCUAUGUAAAUAACAUUUUUAAACAAAAAAAAAACUUACUUUUUUAACGAUAAUUUCAAUUUUGUUUUUAAUAUAUUUUAAACUCAAGAAUGAUUUAUUAAUUACGUAUUUCCUUAAAACUAUGCUGACUUGAACUGGUUGAUAUCUGUGUUGUUUUGGGCCAUCUGGUCGAAAAUUGGUUAAGUGCUGGCCGGUGAUGGGCAUAUGAGGGUCAAAACUAGGAAAUUUUUUGCCUAAAUAUUUAUAAAAGCCUUUUUUGUAUCAAUUUAUAAAAAAUGCUGGUAAAUAAUGAAUCUUUAAACUUAGUUUUAUUGGUAUGGAACAUAAAAGAUAAUUAAAAUUGAUAAGAGAAAUAACUUUUGAGUAAAAAAAAUACCUUAAGUGGUCGACAACCGGCGCAAUCACCCUAUAGUAAAAGUGAAAGUGUAUAGCGGGACCUGAUUUUUCGAUAUAUUGGUCAACAACAGGCCUACCGGUCCCAAUUUUGUAAAUCAAAAAUAGUAAUAAAUAACUUAGCCUUACCUUAAAUUGAUAUAUCACUGAUGUGAUCGAAGGUUUGAGGGCCGAUCCCACCGUUGUGUCUAAACGAAGAUUAAAAUAACAUUUUUACAUUAACAAUGUCAUUUUAAUCUUCGUUUAGUAAUUUAAACUCCUUUAACACAACGGUGGAAUUGGCCCUGAAUGACAAGUAUGGAGUGUAGAAGAAAGGAGGACAAUCUCACACGGUUGUUUAUUUCAAAAAGUGUCACCCAAAAUGUAUAAAAUUUAGAUGGCGCUCGUGUACUAGAAAGGAAAGAUCCAAUGAUAUAUAGUUACAUAGAUAGCUCACCCAGAUGUAAAUCAGCACUAUUUUUGUUUAUUAUCAAAAUUUCUCUACGAUUGUGAGCUAAGUCGCUUUUUACGAGGGCCGUUCAUGAUGUAGUUUUUAGGCUAUACCCUUUGAGAAUAUGUACUCUUACCUCUACACUCCAUACAUAUGGGUAAGCAAUAUGUACAUCAUUGGUGUCAUUGUGUGAUCUGAAUUAUCGACUGUCAGCGUCCCUCUGGUACAGAAGCACCAUCUUAAUUUUAUACAUUUUGAGGGACACUUUUUAUAAACAUAGCUAGUUCUGCUUACCUAUACACUCCAUAGACAUAACCUUCAAAUAAAUGUACAUUGCACAUUUAGAAAAUCCAAACCAAUAGGAAAAGUAUUCCUUAAUGGCCCCACAAUUAGGUAUUCCAAACAAAAUGGCUGCCAGUAGGUAAUGACAGAUUAUAAAAUGGCAACCCUAUGAUUUUGGCCCGUUCUGGUGAUGAAAUAUUCUAUUUUAUUGUUUUUUUUAAGAGUUGGAAUUUGAGAAAGCCGCUCUCCUCUCAAGAACUUCUAAAAGAAGUGGAAAAUCUAUCCAAAGAGGAGUUCAGGGACUUUUCGGACAUUGAUCCUGAUUAUAAAAAUUCUGACAGCGAGUUGAGUGGGACAUCCAGUGAUGUAUCCAAUGAUGAGUCGAGUUCAUCAGAUAAUGCAGAGAUAAUAGAGAAUGAAGAUGAUGAAAACGAUACUGCGCCAGAUCUUCCAAGUAAUCAAUUUAAGUUUUCUUGGCGCGACUAUUCUGGAAAUCAUCAAACAUUUCGAUUUAGCGGGAAUGAAGGUAUUCAAGUAGAUUUAGCAGAAAAUCUGACACCCGUUGAUGCAUUUGAUCUAUUUUUUUCUCCUGCGCUGAUAGCUCUUUUAGUGGCGGAAAUAAAUCGCUAUGCGGCGUAUGUAAUUUCUAAUACAAAUGUAACGCGCAAAUCAAGACUAAAUCAGUGGUACCCUACAAAUGAACAAGAAAUACGUAAAUUUGUUGGUUUUUAUAUUUGGAUGGGAUUGAACAGUCGUCCGACUAUAGCAUCAUAUUGGUCAACCGAUUUACUAUACAAAAAUCAAGUGUCUCAAGUAUUAUGAAGAAAUCGUUUUGAAAUGUUGAGGAUGAUUCACUUUAGUGACAGAGAAAAUCAGUCAAAUAAUGAUAGGCUUUACAAGAUCAGACACCUGUUCUUGAUAUGCUGAACAAUUUAUUUCAGCAGACUUAUAUCGUCGGACAAGAAAUGGUCAUAGAUGAAAGUAUGAUACUAUGGAGAGGCAGACUAAAGUUCCGUCAGUAUAUACCAUCUAAAAGUCACAAAUAUGGGGUAAAACUGUUUUAAGUUAUGCAGUCCAAACGGCUAUACAUGGAAAUGAAAAAUUUAUACUGGCCGAACUGAAGAACAACGCCCUGCUGGAUGAAGGUAGAACACUUUACACGGACAACUUUUAUACUAGUUGUCCAUUAGCUAGGAGUCUUCUAACCAAAAGCACACAUUUCGUAGGUACGCUUAAACGAUCAAGAAAAUACCUCCCAAAAGAUGUCACGACAAAAAAGUUAAGAUGCUAGGGAUGUACUUAUGCUUUCCACACUACACGGAAUUGAGAUGAGAGUUCCUCCGCCUUCAAGUAAGCGUAAGAGGGCACUGUCACCAACAGCUAAUGAUGAUGAGCCCACCCGGAAAAAACGAAACGAAACAUCAAAAUUAAAGCCAGACGCUAUUAUUACUUAUAAUAGGGGAAAGUGUGGUAUUGACAAGUCUGACCAAAUGGCGUCCUACAGUACCUGUAAUCGACGAGGCGUCAAGUGGUACCGAAAUGUUUUUUUGAGUUGCUGACAGGCAUAUCCGUGGUAAAUGCAUUCAACAUAUACAAAGAACAGUCCAAUUGUAAAUCAAACAUAAAUAAAUUCAGAGAAGACGUAACCAGAAGUUUAUUAUUUGGAAAUGAUGCCAACAGAAAGUAUCUAGUGAUACCGAAAGUAGCACAUUUAUUGAAAAAAACCGAUGAGAAAACUCGAAAGCAAUGUAGAACUUGCUACAUCAACCUAACAAAAGAAAUGCCAAGAGCAGAAGCAAGAAAAAAAGUAAGAAAAGUCCGAACAUAUUGUGAUGGAAAACCUACAAUGUGUAAAGACUGCCAUAUUAAAAAUCAUAGUUCAUAAGUUACCUAUUUUUUUAACAAUUUAAAAGAUUUGAAAUAAAAAGUUUUCUAUAAUUUCAAUUAAAUGUGGUUUCAUUUGGGUGCCGUCGCGCGCCGUCAAUUUUUUUUUACUUAUAAAAUUCAGCACCGCGGUCCUAAUGAGCAUACAAAAUUCAAUAUAAAGUCGGUCGAAAAAGCCUGACGCGGCCGUGCAUGAUACUAGUCGGCCAUAAAUGACUGACAACGCAAAAUUAUGCAUAACAGUCAGUCAGUCAGUCUUAUUCGACUGACAAAACAAAAUAAAAUAACCAAAAUUAGUAUGCCGGCAGUAAGAGUGUUACAGUAGACAAAUUUGAGAAAAAAUCUGAAAAUUUUGAUUUUAUGAGAUUUAUUAGUGAGUUAUUAAUGAGUUUAAUAUUGAGAAUAUCUCCAUAAAUAUAAACUUUAUGAAAAAAUCAAAAGAGACCUUUUUUGUAGAAAAUUUUAUCUCCUACAAAAUUGGUCUCGUUUGAAUUUUUUAUAAAGUUCAUAUUUAUGGAGAUAUUCUCAAUAGUAAACUCAUUAACUCCAUAAAAUAAAUCUUUUCAGAUAUGUUCUCAAAUCCGUCUACUUUAAGAGAUAUUUUGAAAAAACCACGAUUUUAUAAAAAAAUAUACUUCAAUCGGCACGUGUUCUUGUUAAAAAAAAAAAAAAAAAAUCCCCCGUAUUUUUUCAUCAAAAGGCGUCGGAAAAAAUUUAUUUUUUAACGAUCACUCUAAUAUGUCUUAUGUGAUUUUUUGUAGAGAAAAUAGAUCAUUUUAACCCCUCUGUUCAGGGUAGAGACUGGCACAGGUGCAAUUUGGUAAAAAUUAUUACAUGCCUUUGGAGCAUAUUUCAUUUCGUUAUCAGAUAACGGCCGAAAUUUGCGGUGGGUUCCCCUACUAUUAAAACUAGUUUUUAUUUAAAGAUUUUUUUAGAGAGACCUGAAAGGCGAAGGCCCUUAAACUGAUUAAGAAUGAUAACCAAACAUAAACUAUUAAACUAAUUUUUAAAUGUAAUAAUCGCAUAUGUAGGUCACGGUUCGUAGUCAACACGGUUGCCUAAUCACGGUUGCCAAGGACGCAGUUACGUCACGGUACGAAUAAGUGAGUUCAGAAAAAAUAUUCUACUUGGGGUCCUAUUUUAGUUUUUUUAAAAAUCUAAUAUUUUAUUGUUAUUUAAUGUGGUGUUUAUAUUUUUAUUUCUGAAAUUUGUUCAGGUGUUAAGAGUUUUUAUAAUAUCGGUAGUUUGAUAUUUUGAAAGCUCAGCUACAAAACAGUAAGGAAAAAUCUUGUAAUGAUUUCCAUCAAAUUUUAAAUAAAUUACUUUUUGUUUGAAUUAUAAAAAAAAAUAUUGUGUGAAUAGUUUAUUUUAAAAUUUUUUGGUUAGGGUACGACUUCCGAGCCGAAUUCGGAUCACACUUUAAUUUACUUUUUACACACAAAAAUAAUAAAGGGACUAAAUCUAAACUGAAACCAAAGGCUAAUGGUAAGAUUUUAGUGUAUUAUUCUGCAAAUAUCAUCCACCCUACAUUUAAAAGCAGACGAGAUAGUUUCUUACAAGCAUUAAACACAACGAAGAGCAACAAAAGUCAAAGGGCUUUACUAAAAGACAAAAGGGUGUGUUAUAGGAAGUUUUUAGUAAAAAGUAGUUAUAAAUAAUAAUAAAAAAUGUAUGUUCUUUUACUUUGACUUUUUUUGCUUUCGGUUUUUUUUUUAAUGUUUGUAAGAAACCAUAUCAUCUGCUUUUAAAUGUAGGGUGGACAAAGCUGCAAUUAAUUUAAUAAUAGUGAAUGAUAUUUGCAGAAUAAUUGCUCUAAAAUCUUAACAUUAGUCUUUAAUUUUAGUUUAGGCUCAGUCCCUUUUAUUUCUUCUAACGAUUUUUGUGUGUAAAAGUAAAAAUUGUUUGUCACUAGCAACACUAGGGCUCGCUCCUGGCUUGCCAAGCUGUAGGAUAAUUAAUCCUUAAAGAAUACCUUAAUAAUAAUCUUUUAAAACCUUCAGAAAAGAAUGUAUCGAAAUUUAGAAGAGUUUCAAAUUGAUUUUUUUUAUUAGGGACAAAAUGCCAUAGUUCGUUAUAAAGGAUGAAAUUUUUAGCAAAAUUAUCAAGUGAGUCCAGUAUUUUUUAAACAUUUUUAUUUUUAUUAGAAUUUGUUAUAAAUUUUAAUUUUUAGUAACAAAUCAUAAAUCGCGCUAUAUAUCAUAAACGGUUAACAAUAACGAAUACUGUUAGGGAUGUUCUAGAUUUAGAUGAGCACAUUUUACUCCCCCUAAAACUAAUUCCGUUUAAACUUGGAACACUCUGUAUACCGUGAACUGAUUUUACAUAAAAAAAAAAACAUUUAAAAUAAAAAUAUUCUUUAUAUUAUUUAUUUAUAUUUCAUAUAAAUGUCUUUAUAUCAAAUGUUUUUUAGUUGUAAAAAUAUUUAUGGUGAAUUUGUUAUAAUAGAUGUGCAGCUUUACGUUAAAUUGUACAAGCUUGUAAAACACCUUGAUAUUUCAUAAUAUUAAAUUUGCGUAGUGUUUUUUAUAUUAUUUACAUUAAGUACCGCAUUUAAAAUUUCUACUAAACUAAAUAAAAUUUUUGUUUUAACCAAAUAAUUUAAUUAAUUUUCUACAAACAUUGUUUUCAAUAAAUAAUCAACUAAAAGAAGGCUAACUAGAGCGAUUACAAAAGUCAUAUUAUCAAAAUACAGAUUUUUACCAUAUAUCACGUUUUCCGUAUACAUACCCAUAAAUUUUAUCAUUGGUCCCAUCCGGCCUACCUUCAUCGGACCUUUCGCUUAUUUGCAUUGCAAAAUCAAAAUUAAACAUUAUCGCCAUAAUAAUAAAAUGUGUAUGUUCAUUGUAAUUGUAACCAAACUUCGCUCUGUACACUUUUAACAUGUGAUCACUACAAUUUUUUGCUAAGAAAUUUUGAUUUUUUAAUGUUAAAAUUUAUUUUUAUAAUUUGGUUGUUCAUUUGAUUGGUUUUGGACAAUUGGGACUUUAAAAAAUAAUUUGGAUUAGUUUAACUUCAAACUUAAAUGCUGUUUGAUAUUUUUAUUUAGUUUUAGAGGCAUCGGAUUGUCAUUUUGGACGGUAAUAUUUAGAGAUUAUUUUAAAUUAUAUAUUUUAAUUCUCAUUUUUGAAAGCAACAUUUUAAUUAUCAUUAUUAAACUCCAAAUUCUUAACGCCUUUUUUAUUAUCGUUUUCCGACGCAUCAUUUUUACUAAAAUCAGUCUAUUAAUUUUGAUAUUUGUUUCGAUAUAUUAAGAAUGAUACAAAUAUAAUCAGUAUAUUUUAUGAUAUGAUUAAAAUAAUUGAUAUUAUUAAUAUACUACGGGGAAUCAAAUAUAAACUGGAAUUUUAUUUUUUCAAUACGAGACGUCCUAUUUCAUAACUUUAACAAAAUAAAUAUUCGAUUAUUUGAAAUAAUUCGAGCUAAUUUGUAAAACUCAUACUUCAAAACAUCAACAGAAACCAUAAUUUGGACAAUGAUAUGAUCCAAGAAGCUAUGUUAGAAAGUACUUUGGACACAAAGGAGUUCGGUUACAAUUAGUAUCAGCUCUGAUCAUACUGCAAUAUCCUAUAAAUUCCAAUUGCCCUGUCAUUGGAGCCUAUUUAUCAUUAAUAAUUGAUCCGAAUGUACAUAUUAGAACUGAAGUAGUGAAAAUAAUUGCUCGUAACAUCAUUACAAUUCCCAAAAUUAUAAUGCGAAUAAGAUAUACUGACCAUAUUGUUAUGAUGGCUGCAUUCAGGAGGUGUGCUGACAUUGGUCCAAAGAGAUCAAAAUUAUUGAAAGACAGCACAUUUUGGAAUGUGGUUUGGCAGAAAGCAAUCCAAAAGUAAAAAAAUAACUUUAUUGAAAAUGUAAAGGUUUAAAGAUGGAUGCCUGUGAAAAUGACGUAACAAAUACUGAAAAUAGUACCAAAAAUAUUAUAAAUCUUCUAUUCAAUAUCACAUCAAUUAAAUAUAUAAUUUCUAUUCUACCUCUAAGUGAAGAAAAAGUGAUACCUGUGGAUAAGUUGACAAGUGAAGCAGCAGGUCUAUGGAAUUUAAUUGUUUGCUAUCUCAGAGAAACUGACAUAAAUGAGAAUUAUAAUUGAGCCGAUUAUUCCUGAACUCGCCCCAUUUUCUAAUUACAAACAUAGUAUUAUGACAGAACGAGGCAAAAAAAAAAUGGAAGAAUGGGAACUUUUGGAUUAUCAGUACAGUUUAAACAGUCUAUUUGAGGAAGGUUAUGAUUAGGCAGAUGAGGUCAGCCGAAACAUGUUGCAUCAAAUAACUCUAAAUUUCUUGAGAAGGUAAUUUUGCAAUUGAAGCUCAGGAAACGCGUCUUGCAAUUGGCAUACAAAUCGUCGCAAAAGACGGACGGCUUUACCAACAUCAUCUACCACAUUAUCUACGACAUUCAAGAACCUUUUCAAAUAAUAGAAAAUCGAUAAUUUUCGGUUAAUCCUUAAAAUUAUUUCCAAAUAAUAGGAAUAUCAACUAUUACAUUAAUCGUUAUUUCAAUAUUAUUUAAUUGAUUUUUAAUCUUGUAUUCGAUUGUUAAUAAUGUAUCGAUUAUUAGUAAAUAUCUAAUUUAAUUAUAUAUUAAUAGUCUUUUAUAAUAUCCAAUUCUCGAUAGGAUUGGUCGAUUAUCAAAAUGAAUAAUCGAUUAUUUAAAUUACUGUUUUAGAAUAAUCGAUUAUUUUCGAUUAAUCGAUUAUGUUCCAUUAAUCAAUUAUUUUCAAAUAAUAGAACAUCGAUUAUUUUCGAUUAAUCAUUAAAUUGAUUAUCUCCAAAUAAUCGAAUUAUCUAUUAUUAUAUUAACCUAUAUCGUCGCCGUAGAGGUCAAGGGAGUCAAGCCACAAAUUUGGUGAAAAUGAGUUAAGUGCAUAGAAGUACUUUAAAAACAUUAAAAAUUCCAUGAUCAAUGUAUUUGAGUCACAAUAUGUCCUAGUUUAACGAAUUUUUACAUUUUGUCAAUAGACCUCAUCAACAUACACCAUAGCAGUCAAUGAGGCUAAGCUUUAAAAAUCGUUUGACUACCAACGAUUUCGUCUAUCUUAUUAUGAAAUAGAAUCAAGCGGCUUAACACUUUUGAUCACUACAACUUUCCAAGCAAUGUUUGGCCAGAAGUGCCUGCCAAUAGUGUCAACUUACAUUUAAUAAUUUUCUUCUGUCUUGCUCUUACUCGCCAAGCAAAACAGAGAAACAAAAUACGCUUCUUAGGAUGUCCUGUUGUUUACUUCAGUGCUGGUAUUUCUAAGAAACAUGGCUAAUUAUUGUUUAGAAUAAUUUGUGUUUUUUUGCUUUGAUACUGCAAGAUUUUGGAUUUACAACGUAAAUAAAUGUACUUAAUGAGAGUGGUGAACAAUGAAGCUUUCAAGUGGGAAGAAAAUGGUUGCAACAGUUUAAGUCAUUAAAUAUUCAGUGUAGACGGUGACGAAGUGUAUCCAUAAUAGACGUACCAAGAUUGUACUACAUCCAACUGAAAAUAGACCGAAAAAACUGAACGACUUGUUAAAGCUUUGCCAGGGAGGUAGCAUUCCAUCCACUUAUCAUGACUAUCAGAAAAAGUUGGAACCUGAAGACGGUUCUUUUGAAAAAGCCAGCAGUUUAGAAACUGAUAAAGGCAGUCAGAGUGAUGAAAUAAAGUGUGUAUUGAUUUUGUAACUCAUAAGGUUAAUUUUUCAUUUUUUUUUUUUUUUUUUUGACAAGAAUGUUUUGAUUUUGAUUUUUUUUUUAUUGGUAGCUUUUUUCUGAGCAGGGUUGCUGGUUAAUGAUUGAAAAAUCAUCAAAAAUCAGCUAAAAUAUUUAUGUUUGUAAUAAGUGUGUGAAGUUCUACAAAAAUAUAAGUAACAUUUUUUAUCUAUGGAUUGAUAAAAAAAUGUUUUUAAGAGUUAGACAAAAAGUAUAUUUUUUACUCCAAACAAAGCUACGAGAUUACUCUGGAAAAAAGUGUCUCAGGCGACUAAUUUAGCGCAAAUCAACAAAAUAAUACUGUGUGUUUAGAGUUGUCAACAUGUAUAGGAAGCUUGACUCUUUUGAAAACCGUACAUGCAAUGUAAAGUAUAUUUAAUUUCUUAGUGGUCAAAAGGUAUAACACACACAUAUUUUCAAAAGUAAUACAUUUUUUAAUCACUUUUAUUACAUCAAUAAAAAGAAAAUGUCAGGAUCUAUCUGUAUUCAAAAUUUCAACAUUCUAUCUUUGAAAACAAGAAAAUUUAGCACAAAAAUCUUAUAAUUUUCUGGCACAUAAUCUUUUGCAAGCCGUUUUCUCGAAAUUAGGAUUUUGUGUCCUGGCACUCUUGACAUAUACGGCGACGAUAUAUUGAUAUUAUUUAAUUGAUUUCUAAUCUUAUAUUAUUUUAUUGUUAUUAAGUUAUCGAUUAGUAAAUAUCUAAUUUAUCUAUAUAUUGAUAAGUUAAUUAAACGAUCGUUAUAACAUCGAAUUAUCGAUAGGACUUGGCGAUUGUUAAAAUUAAUUUUUUCCUUGUAGUUCUUGGGUUUUAGGUGUUGGUUAAGGAAUGAAACUCGUGUAUGUGGGUAAAGCUUUCGGCACUGAUCAGUGCCUUCUUCAGUAGUUUUUUUAUUAUUAAUAUUUGUACAUUAUUUUAACAGUCAAAAUUGUUCUACAAGAAAAAAAUUAAAAAAAAAUUUUUUUGUAUGGGUGUUAGUAAAUAAGUGCGACAAACUUCAGGGGGUGGUUCUGCAUGAAAAAAUAAUGACAAUUUGCUAUAUAAACGUAUGUCUGAAAAUGCUUCGUUUUCCGAAUACGGGCUGUUAUAGUUUUUCUUAAAAACUGAUGAUUUACUUAUUGCUCUGAAUCCCGUCGAGAUAUGCAAAUGAAAUUUGGUGGGCUUUAAGAGGUAGUUAUUGCGCAUUUUUUGACAUGCAUUUAAGAACUUUAUAUUCAUCAUUGGCGCGCAUACGGGUAAUGAUCUCAAUUAUUUUAAAGAAAAAAAAUGGUACACCACUGAAAUAUUUCAAAUUUAAAAAUCACUUUUGAGUUCCUCGUUCAAUCUGUGACAAAAAUCUUUUCGUAUGGGGCAUAUCUUGACCGGUUUCAGAGCAAUAAACAAAUCGUCAGUUUUUAAGAAAAACUUUAACACCCCGUAUUCGGAAAACGAAGCAUUUUCAGACACGUUUAUAUAUCAAACUGUCAUUAUUUUUUCAUGCUGAAUCACCCCCUGAUGUUUGUCGCACUUAUUUACUAACACCCUGUAUAUAGUUCACAUUUAGUUUUUAUUCAUUAUAUUUUUGGUCCACCUUUAGUACAUGUUGGGGUGUGUCAUCAUAUUUGUUAAAUGUUUGAAAACCUUUUCCUUUUAUAUUAUUAUUAUUAUUAUGUAAUCGAUUUUUAUCAUUGUCGUGUCCGUUUUUGAUGCUGUAGUAUCCAUUGUCUUUAGUCUCGAUAGUAAGGGUGUUAUUACCCCAUUUUUUCAGCUUGCGGGCCCUCAUAGAGGUCCGGGAUUCAAAAAUUUUAAUUUGGUUUUACGGUUUCUUUUGGUUUUAUUGUUCAACGACCAUGCGGUUUAUUCAAGAUUUGUCAAUUGACAGGGUUGAAAGUUGUUUAAUUUGGCAUAUGUCAUUUGUCGUUUCUUCUUCUUUUUUUUUGUCUUUUAUCGUUAGUGCUGUUAGGAAUAAUAAUAAUAACAAAAAAAAAUAGUAUUAUAUAAAAUAUUGUACCAAUCAUGACCCUAAAAGGUUUUCAAACAUUUAACAAAUAUGAUGACACACCCCAACAUGUACUAAAGGAAGGCCAAAAAUAUAAUUAAUAAAAACUAAAUGUGAACUAUAUAAAAAAAAAAACAAAAAAAAAUUUCUUUUUUUUCUUGUAGAACAAUUUUGACUGUUAAAAUAAUGUACAAAUAUUAAUAAUAAAAAAAACUACUGAAGAAGGCACUGAUCAGUGCCCAAAGCUUUACCCACAUACACGAGUUUCAUUCCUUAACCAACACCUAAAACCCAAGAACUACAAGGAAAAAAUAUAAAUAAAGGUGUAAGAAAAAAAACUUUAGAAAAGUAGGUUUCCUUUCAUAAAGUACCAAUAUUAAAAUAAAUAAUCAAUUAUAAAUUAUAUUCGAAUAGUAUAUUAUUAUCGAUUAUUCAAUUAAUCGAUUAUUUU